AUGGAGGUUCAAUAAGAUGAAUUUCUUAAAUCUCAAAAUUACAAUUUAAAAUCUCCCGUAGAUUUUGAAUAAGCAUAAAAGCAUGGGGUACUCUAAUAAGUAUUAUAAUGAUAAGAAAUCAUAAACCAUUUAUCAAAGUAUUAUCCAAGACUCAGAAAGAUGUUAAUGUUGUAACAAUCCAAUCUAGACAAUUCCAUACUCAAUUACAUGUAAUUUAAAAGUAUUUUGUCAACAUGGUUAUUCAUAUAAAUAUUUUAACUAUAUCAAAUUAAACUUUAUAUUAUUAGUCAUAGGAUUGUAAGUUAUUAUUCAUAAAUAGUCUUAUAUUUGGAAUAUAUAAUAUUCAAGAGAAUCUCAAAGGAGAUUAAUGUAACUAACAUCAAAAUUGCAAGAAAAAUUUAAAUAAUUACUUGUCUCUCUUAAAUAGAAUGGAUAAUGAUGAGUAUAUAAAUAUUUAAAUUUAUCAGGUUUCAAGAUAUAUAUCUAGAUAUCUUAUAUUUUAUAGCAAUAUUAGUUUAAGUUUGUUUUAUUGGAUACAUUACUUAUUAUAAAAACCAUUGUUUAAAUGUUGACAACGAGUAAGAUUUAGAAAAGGUCAUAAAGUAUUGUUCCCUUUAAGUGUCUCAAAUACCUGGCAAUUGGAAUAUGGAAAAAAUUUAAGAUUUUUUUAGUAAAGGAAUAUGGGAAAAAAAACCAAUAACUUAUAAUAUUGUGGAUAUAUGUUUGAUGUAUGAUCAAGAAUAAUUAGAAUAUUUAUUAAAAGAUAAGAUCAGAUAAUAAUUCACAAUAUAAAAUAAUUAAUGCACGUAUAUUACCUUUUAGAAAUAGAUCUUUGAAAGAUGUGAUAAAUAAAAUAGUUAACAUUCAUAGUGUCAUUUAAGAUCAAACGGUAUUAAAGUUUAACCGAUCAGUUUUUAUUACAUUUUCAAAUUAAGUACAUGUUUUCUUUAUAAUAAAAGGCUGAAUUAAUAAAAUUUGUAAGAUAUUUUAGAUGGGUCUUUGUACCUAAUUCAUUAAAAUUAGAAUCUCCCCCUAGACCAUCAGAUGUAAUUUGGCAUAAUGAUUCUACAUUUUCAAAUCUAGAAUAUGUAAAAUUAUUUUUUAUAUGUUUUGGUUGGCUUCCUAUAAUAGGAAUUUAAGUAGCAAAAUAAAAUUAUAUUGUUGAAAAUGGGAAUCAAGAAAAAAGUAAUUCAUAUUAAAAUACAUUAUUAAGUUUAACAGUUUCUUUACUAUUAUAUCUAUUAACUAAAUUUUGUGAAAAGUCUAUAUAAUAGUUUUUUAGUUUGAAAGACUUUAAUUCUAAUCGUAAAAAGAGGAGAAUAUUUACACUAUUUUAUGAAACAAUAGUAAUUUAAUAUUUUUAUUUAAUACCUCCAAUCUUUGUUGGUGUGUAUUCAGGAAGUGGAACUAGGCAAUAAAAGCUAUGGAGAUCAGGAGGAUUAAGUGAAGAUAUCCUAUUUAUCUAAAUAUUAAAUGCAAUUUUCCCAAUGAUAUUCAGUAUAAUAGAUGAGACUUAUGCAAUACAAUUAAUAAAAAGAUUUUGGUUUAAAAGAAUUAAAAAAGAUUCAGAUCUAACUUAAAUAGAGGCAAAUUAAUUAUAUGAACGUUAACUUGAUUAUUAGAAAAAACGAUUAUCAAUUACUUAACUAGUUUCUAUUUGUUGUUAUUAUGGGUAUAUUUAUCCCAUGUGUUAUUUUAUUACCAUAUUGGCUCUUAUUGUUAUCUAUUGGAUGGAAAAAUAUAAUUUUGUAACAAAUGGUGUAAGUUCUAAGAUUUCAGUUAAAUUUCAUAUUUCAAGAUAUAAUUUGUUAGCAUUUUUAUUAUUCGAAUUACUUUCAAAAUAAAUAUUUCAUAUAGCAUUUUGGUCAUUUGAUUAUAAAAGUGUUACUAACUAUAUUUAUGCUUUAUAGUAUUUUUUUCUAACUUAUGUGAUAAUUACAAAAAAAGAAUGUAUAAUAAAAAAAAGAAUUCAUAGAAAUUAUGAUGAUAAAAUGCUUUAAGAAUCUCUCAAAUACUAUGAUCUUUAUACAAAGCAUAAUCCAAUAAUAAAUCAUUAGUUUGAAUAAAAUUUGGAAGAAAUCUCAUAACUCACUAGAUAUUCAAGAUAAGAAAAAUUCUAUUCACAACUUCAAUUAAAACUAUAUAGAGAAUUAAAAUAUGAAUAUGUAUUAAUAAUUUUAUUCUUAAGAGUUUAAAAGAUUCAGCCAGAAUACAUCCUACAGAGAUAGUUUCCCUUAGAUUUUAAGAAUAAUGA